AUGCCAGCCCAAUCGAAGGCAUCACGAAGCCGAAUCGCCGACACGGUCUACGACCGCAAGCUAGCGGACUUGCGAGACCAGUAUCGAAGCCAGAGCUCAAAGUUCAGUGCCCAGUCCAUGGCCAUCACCCAGAUGAUCUCUGUUAACGGCAGACCACAUCGGCCUGUUCAGAAUCUGGGACCAGCGAGUCAAGGAUCUGGGAGUCAAGUCAAUACCUACACUGCCAUUUGCAACAUGUACUGCAAGAAGGUCAUCCCGCAGGUUGGACUUGACUUUCAACUGCCGAUUGAGACCAUCGAGAUGUUUAUGCAGAUAUCAGACGAGGGCCUAGUCAUUUUGGACCACUUCUCCCGUCUCGGUCUGCUUCAAAUGAAACCUCGGGCUCCCAUCACUGCGGCGGAAGAGACAGACCGAGUUUCCAUCGGGCUGGUCUACCUCGCCAAGAGAUUGACAAUCAUGGCUCAAGCAUGGGAUCUUCCUGCUGAAGAAUCCGUCGCUACCUUGAUUGGAGAUUGGCCCGAGAAGGUUGCAGAGCUCUGUCGGGAAGACAGUGGCAACAAGCAAUCGCUCCAGGUCAUGAAGGCGACUCGAGGGUCGAGCGGAUGUGUAGCGCAGUAG